CAAAACUCACUUAUGUUGCUGAUAGAUUUGUCUUUGUCUUAGAUUUAGUUCAUCAAUUGUUAACUAAAGGCUGAAGCUUUUAAUCUUAUAAAGCUCAACUCUUCCUCAAUUACCUGAUUUGAGUGCUUGAUUCAUGUGUUAAGGUUCAAGACAGAAGAGAAGAGUUAGAAGGAGAAGAUGUUGUACAUCAUAGGUUUAGGUUUAGGAGACGAAAGCGACAUAACCCUGAGAGGACUCGAGGCCGUCAAGAAAUCUCAGAAAAUAUACAUGGACAGGAAAAGUUUUAUGGGAAACCAAUCACACUUGCUGAUAGAGAGAUGGUGGAAGAAAGGCAGGGAAGCUACAACGCAUAGCGAUCUUGUUGUUAGACCUAAGAAACUCGGUGUAAACGUAGAGGUGGUGCACAACGCAUCUGUGAUGAACGAUGUUGGGAUCUGUCGUCUGCAGCUUUACCAUUACGGAGAGACGGUUUCGACCCCUUUCUUUACCGAGAUUUGGAGACCUGAUAGCUUUUACGAGAAGAUCAAGAAGAACCGUGCCCUUGGACUGCACACGCUCUGCUUGCUUGAUAUUCGAGUGAAGGAGCCUACUUUCGAGUCUCUUUGCAGAGGAGGGAAGAAACAGUAUGAGCCGCCGAGGUAUAUGACUGUUAAUACGGCCAUCGAGCAGCUGCUGGAAGUUGAGCAGAAGCGUGGAGAUUCUGUGUACUCUGAAGAGACAGAGUGUGUGGGUUUUGCGAGGCUUGGCGCUGAGGACCAGAAGAUACUUUCGGGGACGAUGAAGCAAUCGGAGAGUGUUGAUUGUGGAGCACCGUUGCAUUGUCUUGUGAUAGUAGGCAAGACACAUCCCGUUGAAGAAGAGAUGUUGGAGUUUUACAAAUACGGAACUGCAAAUUAAAAGACCACAUGACUGAAGAAGGCUCAAGGGGGAGGCAGGAACGAUCAAGAUGUCUCUCUGAGUAAGAGAUUGAAACUAGGAACAUUUUUAUGAGCUAUUUAUAUCUACUUUCAAUAAAGCUCUAGUGAGCCCAAUCUAGCUUGUUAAGGAUUUGCUUUCAGACUGUAUGUUUGUUUUCCCUUCAAACUGAGGAAAAAAAAUUAUUA